AUGGGAGAUUUGCGCGUUGAAGUGGAUAUAAAUACUGUUCAAAUUGUCAAGCGACAGUACGCUUUGUACCGUAUCGACCUUACAAUGGUCCGGUCUGGUGGUGAACAGCGCCAAUACCAUGCGUUUCAUAGAUUUUCGGAGUUCAUCAAACUGAGACAAGACUUGGAAAACGAAAUGGGGUCUGAAUUGCCAUAUGAGCUACCGGGAAGAAAUGUUAUCAACGGAUGGCUGAAGAGAACGAAUUCGUGUGACCCUGAUAUUAUUGAACAUCGAAAACGUGAAUUGGGCAGGUUUCUUUACGAUCUCCUCAACGAUUCCUUUGAUUCACGCUGGAAAAAGUCUCCCUACGUGUGUCAUUUUUUGCAGAUACCCAGCAACUGGGCUGACGCAACACUGCGAAGAACAAGUAACGAGAGGGAGGGGGACUCGACGGAGUUUGGAUCAAAACCAAGUCUAAAAGACCCCCAAAAAUGGCUAGAAGAGUUGCGGGAUUGUAAAAUUCUGCUGGCAGAAGCAGUCCGCGAUCGCUCGUCGGCCACCAAGAUAGGCGUCAAACUGCGGCUACGAGUGCAGAACUUGGACAUUUCUUUAAAACAAAUUCAUCAGGAUCAGCUAGUCGGAACGUCUGAAAUAACAAGGCGUCGCAAUUUAUUGAAUGGGUUGAAAACUGAUUUGAACGAAAAACUGGUGGAAAGAGACUCCGAGUGGUUCAAUAGUGUAGACGAUUCCCGUAGCGAGGAGAUUAACGAGAGACCCUUGCAAGGUCGCAAAAUUGGGGAAACGAGUCAGACGUUAGGGCUGAAUGAUCAGGAGCUACUUCAGCUGCACAGAGAUAAAACUAAAAGUCAGGAUCUGGAACUGGAGAAAUUGCGCCAAAUUAUUUUAAGCCAGAAAGAUCUGUCGAUUAGCAUGAACCAGGAAUUAACUCAGCAAAACGAACUACUAGACCUAAUGUCAGGUGAAGUCGACUCUACCGCAAACAAGCUACGGAUGGCUAACAGAGGAGCCAAAAGAGUCAAUGAGGGCUAA